AUGAAAGUAUCGGUGGAUUUGCCUGAACAGAAAGGAGAAUAUUAUUUGAAGAUGAGUGUCAGUAAAAUAUUCGAUUCAUCGAUAAGUUUCGCUAUUGAUGAUUUCUCGAUGACACCGAAUUGCUUCACAAGAGAGGUUGCAUGGCGUAGUCAGUACAUUCCGUUCGUUUACAAUAUCACUAGCUGUGGUCAGUCUGGAAAUCAAGCACCGUCAACUACUGACUGUGCGAAGUUCUACAAUCAUACUAAUACUCACGCUGUGCUAGCCAGUGGGCGAAAGGAUGGAUUCCAGAAAUGGCUAGCACCAAAGACUGCUGAAUACAGAAUCGAAGCAUACGGUGGCUCAGGGGGUCAUCUUCCGCAUCAAGCGAUCAACAAUUACGGUGGCCGAGUGGUCACUUUGGUGAAUCUGACCACUGCUAUGGAGUUAGAAGUGCUAAUCGGCCAACAAGGCGAGAGUCCUUGUGAUACUAUGAACGAUGACAUUGGAGAGAUGAUCGUGAGUGGUCAAAUUUUCUCCUAA